CACACAUCCACGCAUAUGUACACUUGUAUAUUACACGUACAUAUAUAUAUAUAUACAUUAUGUAUUAUGUCAAGUACUGUACACAACUUUCACAUGACUUUCUGUAGAUUGAAAAAGGUUAAAUGGAAAAGGAGAAAGUUUUUACACCAAGCCAAUGGAGUGCGUUCAUACGUAUUAGGUUUUUAAUCUCGCAAUCAGCUGAUUCAUUUUCCCUUCCACCGGAACAAUUUUUUGGUUCUGGUCUUUAACGCGUCUUCAGUUUCUUUUGAAAUUUUUUUCUCAGCACAUUUUCUUCUUUAAAUAAUAUAAUUCUUGUUGUACAUCUUGUGAUUUUUAGUAUGUGCGAUGAUAUGCACAAAGAACUUCUUGUACUUUGUACUUGUUUGUACCUUCGGCGAAUUUGCUAAGAUUGUUAUCAAAGAGUGGACAGUUUAAAGAAUCGCGCGGGUCCGGGAUUCUGUCUGAAAUUAAAAUGUGACAGCAUCCGAGAUAUCCAAAAAAAGUGAUGGCUUCGAUUUGUCGUCGCUGGAGAUUAUGGAUAUUGCCCGUGUUAACCUGUCUGUAUGCGCUGCUCAUUGUCAUACUCGUGCCGAUCUUAUUAGUCAAUUCUAUCAAGAAUGACUUCAAGAAGGAGGACCAGGGUGCCCUUGUGGGCGGUGCUUUUGUUCUACUGGCAUUACCCAUUGCAUUUUACGAAAUUGUUCAGCAUAUGAUAUAUUACACUCAGCCGAGAUUACAGAAAUAUAUAAUAAGAAUAUUAUGGAUGGUACCUAUCUAUGCGGUGAAUGCUUGGUUAGGUCUGGUAUAUCCUGAGGGCAGUAUAUAUGUGGACAGCUUGAGAGAAUGCUAUGAAGCCUAUGUAAUAUAUAAUUUUAUGAUGUAUUUGUUGGCCUACUUAAAUGCCGAUCAUCAGUUGGAACAUAGACUGGAAAUCUCUCCACAAGUGCAUCACAUGUUUCCUCUGUGCUGUCUUCCUGAUUGGGAAAUGGGCAGAGAAUUCGUGCACAUGUGCAAGCAUGGAAUUUUACAAUACACAGCUGUCAGGCCUAUAUCGACUUUAAUAUCAUUCAUUUGUGAACUAAACGGAGUAUAUGGAGAAGGUGAAUUUAGAGGAGAUGUUGCUUUCCCUUAUAUGAUUGCUUUGAACAAUCUGUCACAAUUUGUUGCCAUGUAUUGUCUUGUACUCUUUUAUCGUGCCAACGUGGAAGCAUUGAAACCCAUGAAACCGAUUGGAAAAUUCUUAUGCAUCAAAGCUGUAGUGUUCUUCUCAUUCUUUCAAGGAGUGUUGAUAGCUCUGUUGGUAUAUUUUGACAUUAUAUCGAGUAUUUUUCAUACUGUUGACACAGAUCACAUUAGGAAUAUAUCGUCCAAACUGCAGGAUUUUCUAAUUUGUAUAGAAAUGUUCUUAGCUGCGGUAGCGCAUCAUUACAGCUUUUCCUAUAAACCGUUCGUCAAUUUGGCGCAGGGUCAAGCCUGGUGGGAUGCAUUUAGAGCAAUGUGGGACGUUUCCGACGUGCAUAACGAUAUAAAGGAACAUUUGGGUGUCGUUGGCUCGUCCUUGAGUCGUAGAAUACGCGGACGGGGUGCAUAUCAGCAGGCUUGGGGAAGCGCGACCGAGCGCACGUCACUCCUACCCGAGGCUACGGUGAUAAGUCAAGCCAGAAGCGCGCCUAAUUGCUCGUUCUCGGGUUACAAUACAGCCGAGAUCGGACCGAAUAAUAAUUCAUCCGUUAAGGAAUCCGAAGAGACCGCGACGGACGCGCAGGAUAAUAAUGCUGUUUAUACGUAGCCGAAUUAUAUAUGUCCGAAUCCAUCCACGUGAGAACGAUAAUCAAUCCGAAACCAGCAUAGCUUUAGCUGAUCACUUUAGUAUUAUUUUUAAGUAAAAAAAGAAAUGUGCAUAGUUUUACAAGGGCGUUCUUUUAACGCUGUUAUACAAAUUUAUCACUUCAUCACACGACACAUCGAGACAUUUUUAAGUAAUAUAUCUUGAAAACAUGGGACGUUUUCUCACAAAAUCAAUUAAUUUGAAAAUUUUCAAUUUUUUCUAAUUUCAAAUCUUGGAUCCUUAUCGCUCAUUUGUUCCCAAGAAGAUUAUCUCUGAUCUACAAGAGACAAUUACUUAUAUAUACAUAUAUGUGUAAUAUGUAUGUAUAAUAUAAACAACGCGAUUUACAAUGUAAGAAAUUUGAUACAAUAAUUGAUAAAAUUUUGUGAUUGUAUGAAGAAUGCGAGCUGCUUGCUAGCUUUUUUUUUUUUUUUUGCAAGAGACAUUCGUACGUCUUUGUGUUACCAAUGAUCUAGUACCAAAUAUAUAAUGUGUGUGCGUAUAUGUGUAUUUAUAUACAUACACAUUUAAUACGUAUGAUAUACAUACAUGCGCGCACGUCACACUAGAGAAAAGCGCAAUAUCCAUAUUUGUAUAUACAGGGUGUCCGGUAAUAAUUUAUAUCAUCUGUCGGGCAACUAAAGCGGGUUGAGUGGUGAGUCAAAAACUCUUUUACUAUUUUGUGAGUUUAUUUAUAACGAUCCGCGAAUGUGAGCGUGUGCGAGGAGAGACAUCCUGCUAGGUCUGGACGGUUGCUACCGUUAUUAUCGGUUAUUACCGGACACUCUGUAUGUUGGAACGACCAAGACAUCAUUUUAUCACGCAAUUGACAGGAUAGAUAUCUAUCUUAUAUUUUUCUCUGUUUACAUCAAAUGCGAUCGCGACGAAUCAUAUCCGAAUAUUAGAUUUAGAAUCACUUUUUUUUUUCGCUUUACAUGUGUACACACGUGAUUAUAUUUGCACUCUCUAUAUUUAUAGUUUAUAAAAAUUAUUUUAUAAGCUGUCUCUCAGAAAAUAAAGGCUGUGUAUUGUA